UAAGUUCACAAAGUAAAAAUCUGUGAAGCUGAAAACUGUGCAAAAAGUGUGUAGCUCUGCUAAUUGGAAUAAAAAAUGCAGUAAAAAGUGUAAAUUAAGAACGGAAACAAUAUAAAAAUGGCGAUCCAAAAGCCAGGCGAGUGGGCGAACUCACUUUUAGCCCGUUUCGAAGACCAGCUGCCCAAUAAAAUUGGCUUGCAUGGCACCCAAGCGCGCUUGAGUCAGGAUCAGCUGACCGCCUGUCUCAUACAAAUUUCUCGUUAUCGCUUCUCACUAGUUAUAUCUGGACUCACCAAAAUGCUGCAACGAGUUAACGAAGCGUCUAUGCAAAGUCGUCACGACGCUGAGCGUUGUUAUUUUGAAUCACUAGUCAUAAUAUUAACAACUCUGGAACGUUGUUUGGCUAAUCAGACAAAGGAUACGGCACGUUUUGAGGAAGCAAUGAAUGUUAAACUACUCUUACGCGAAAUUUCGCAAUUCAUCGAUGUACAGAGUGAUAAUAAUCCAAAUGCAGCGCAGCUGAAAGCUAUUGCGUCAAGAGUGCUUUUCGGACUGUCACAAAAUCAUUUUUCAGCUGUAUUUAAUCGCAUAUCAGCGCGCAUACAAGAGUUGAUCACAUGCUCAGAUGAGAAUCCCGACUGUUGUGACAUUGAAUUAAUACAACAUAUUGACAUGGACAUAAAUAAAUUAACCAAACUUUUGCAAGUGACCAAGUCAAGAUCGAAGAAGGCACCUCCUUUGAUUUUACUGCAUUCGUUGGAGAAAGCCAUUUGGAACUGGAUUGAAUAUCAUCCACAUGAAUUUCAGGAUUUGCAACGCGGCAUUGCCACCAAAGAUAUUUCAAGCUGCUGGGAAACAUUGCUGGAAUUUGUUGAAGCAUAUAAAGCAGAAAAUAAGAAGAACAAGACAACCGUCUGGCCAUUACAAAUGCUUUUGCUUAUACUAAAUCCCAGCUGCUUAGAAGCCACCGUCAAUGAAUUACAACAAUCUGAAAAGGAGAAGGAUAAAGAAAAAUACAGAGAUAAAGAUAAAACGUCAUUAACGCAAAACUCUGCACAAACAGCACGUGAUAAAGAGCAAUCUGCUAAGCAAUUUAUUGAGGGUAUUAAACGUGGCUUGGGGCCACACUCACCCUCAAAGCAGGUCACGGAGUAUGCCGCUAUUGCUUGUGUAAAGCUAUGCAAAGCCUCAACAUAUGUCAAUAACAACGAUUCAAAUAAUGUGCUCUUCAAAUUAGUGCAGUAUGUCAUUAAUGAUUUGAAAGCGUUGCUCUUUAAUCCGGUCAAGCCAUUUUCGCGUGGUCAGGCGUACAAUUAUGCUGAUAUUGAGCUUAUGAUCGACUGUUGGGUUUCACUAUUUCGCAUAAAUCCACAUAAUAUCGACACAUUGAAGGUCUGCCUCAAUUUGUCUUCGCCGCAGGCGUAUCACUUUGUAAUUGUCUGCUCUUUGUUGAGAUUAACACACAUACAUGUGGAUUUUCGUCUACAAAAUAAAAACUGUUUCCGCACCAUCCAUCAGCCAAUACUAUCUUGGUGGGCCAAAACCAAUGUUGUACACUAUCGUUCUGCAGAAUUGCGCGCACUCUUCACCGAUACCUUGAAUAAGGCCACUCAGGGUUAUAUUGCGCACACGCCACUGCGUAUGAUAACAUCACUGACGCUGAAAUCGAAAGAUACGCAGAAAGGCUUGACGCGUUCCGAAGAGGGACCUGCACACAAAAUGCUGCUGCUCCUCUUGGUUCGACUUAUACACGCUGACCCGAUGUUACUUUUAAAUACACAAGGCAAAGUGGCGCAUGAAAUGCAAAGUUCCUCGCUCGAGCUCAUCAAUGGUCUAGUGAGUCUCGUGCACCAACCCACCAUGCCCGAUGUAGCGCAGGAAGCUAUGGAGGCAUUACUAGCUUUACACUCAUACGAUAAAAUCGAAUUGUGGAAUCCACAGGCGCCAAUGAAUUGCUUUUGGGAUGUCAGUUCGCAAGUGCUAUUUUCGAUUUCGCAAAAACUUAUACAACAUCAGAUUGCCAACUAUACAGAUGUGCUGAAAUGGAUGCGUGGCAUACUGAGUUGUCGCAAUGACUAUCUGCAGCGGCACAAGAAGUACGCAUUGGUCGGUCAUGAGCUGCAGAUCUGUCGUCAGGCGCGCAUUAAACUGGAAGUGGUGUUCUUCAUGUAUUUGUGGUCAGUCGAUUUGGAUGCAGUGCUCACGUCGCUCUCCUGCUUUGGUCUCUUAUGCCAAGAGUCGGAUAUUUUGUUGACGGCCGAUGAUUCGGCGACUGUGUUACCUGUUGCGAAUUAUCAAAUAUAUCAGGAGCUGACGCAAUUGGCAAGCUCGGACACGCGCAUAUGUUUUUAUGAAACUAAUCAUGGCAAUGCUUACAACCGUCUGGCUCUACAACGACGUAUGAUGAAUUUGUUGCGCAAAAUCGAGCACUGUGUUGAUGGUGUACAAACUGCGUGGGAGGAAACCUUUAGAAAUUGGGAACUCACCAGCAAAGUAUUACAAACAUAUCCCAAAUAUAAAAGUGACGAUGUGCAAGCCGAGCUCUUCCAUCGUGGCGUUGGCAAGCGUCGCGCAAGUCAUCAAAGUUCGGAGCAUGAUUUGGAGGAACACAUCACCGAAUGGGCCAACAUGACAUGGUUUCUGCUAACACUUGGCGGCGUGUGUCUGCAAAAGCGUUUGUCUUCGCGUUGGAAGCAAAUGCAGUUACAAAAUAAUACCGCAACGGCUGGUUCCAGUAGCGGUAUGCCCGCGACGAGCAAUCUCCUGCAGUCGCACACCAGUUUGGCGCAAUCGCAGAACACUUUAGCAGCGUCCGGCAGUUUGACUUCGAUCUCCACAAUACCAGCUGUCUCGCUCUAUUCGCUCUACUCCUGUUCCACCAGUUCCGGACGUGGUUCUCUACUGCAUCCCAGCACCAUAUCAUUGACUACGAUAGUGCCGGUGCCGCAGCAAGAUUUACAAUAUUGUCCGGUGUCACAAUUCAUCGGUCAGUUGUUGCGCUUGUUGGUGUGCAACAAUGAAAAAAUCGGUUCGAAUAUACAGAAAAAUGUGAAAGAUUUAAUUUCGGAAGAGAUGACACCACAACUCUAUCCCAUAGUUUUCGAUCAAAUACGUUCGAUAGUCGAGAAAUUUUUCGAUCAACAGGGGCAAGUGAACGUCUCCGAAAUCAAUACCGCCUUCAUCGACCACAUUAUACACAUAAUGAUUUCGAUAUUGAGCCCACGACCCGUAAAAGAUCCGAAUAAUGAGCAAGUCGCUGCUUCCGAGUACCUGAGCGUGACGAGCAUUGAAGGCAUGAUGCUGGGCAUUGUGCGUUAUAUGCGUCAUCGCGAAAUGACUGUGUCAGGGAUACGCGCCAAAGUGCGCGUUUGUAAUUUGGUAGAGAUAAUGAUAAAACGUCGCGACGAUUUGGCUUUUCGCCAAGAAAUGAAAUUUCGCAAUAAAUUAGUAGAGUACUUAAGCGAUUGGGUUAUGGGCACCUCACACCAAAUAGUACCGACAGCCAACGAACCGCCGCCAACAAAUCCCGCUGAAAUAUUCCGUGAACUCGAUAUAGCUUGUAUGGAAGCUGUUGCCGCUUUGCUACGUGGACUACCUUUGCAACCCGAGGAAUCCGAUCGUGGCGAUUUGAUGGACGCGAAGAGCGCACUAUUCCUCAAAUACUUUACGCUGUUCAUGAAUCUCCUCAACGACUGCAUUGAUAGCACUGAGGCAGAGAAAGAGCUAAGUAAUCCACCACUACUCCCACCGCAUCCGGCUGUUAAUGGCCGAUUGGGCAUGUUACGCUUUACCACCAUACAGGCGAUGUCAAAUUUACUCGGAGCCAACAUCGACUCGGGCCUGACGCAUUCCAUCGAUCUUGGCUACAAUCCCGAUUUACAAACACGCGCCUCCUUUAUGGAAGUGCUUACGCGCAUCUUGAAGCAAGGCACUGAAUUCGAUACGCUAGCCGAGACUGUGCUAGCCGAUCGUUUCGAGCAGCUGGUCCAACUGGUUACAAUGAUUAGUGAUAAGGGUGAGCUGCCUAUAGCGAUGGCAUUGGCCAAUGUGGUGACCACUUCACAAAUGGAUGAAUUGGCACGUGUGCUGGUAACACUGUUCGAUGCCAAGCAUCUGCUCUCACCGCUCUUGUGGAACAUGUUCUAUCGCGAAGUCGAAAUAUCCGAAUGCAUGUCGACACUCUUUCGCGGCAAUUCGCUUGGCAGUAAAAUAAUGGCAUUUUGCUUUAAAAUUUACGGUGCAAGCUAUUUGCAAAACUUGCUUGAGCCGCUAAUACGACCGUUGCUCGAUGAUCAGACCACUAGCUAUGAGGUGGAUCCGGCUAGACUCGAGCCCGGUGAAGACUUGGAACGCAAUAAAGAGAACCUAAUAUCGCUCACCAGAGUCUUCUUUGAAGCGAUACUCAAUUCAGUGGAUCGUUUCCCCUCACAGUUGCGCUCAAUGUGUCACUGCCUCUAUCAGGUGUUGAGCAAACGCUUUCCCACCGUCUUGCAAACCAAUAUUGGCGCAGUGGGCACUGUGAUCUUUCUACGCUUCAUAAAUCCAGCUAUUGUCUCACCCCAAGAACUCGGCAUUGUUAAUCGCCAAGUACCGGCUUCGGUGAAGCGUGGUCUAAUGUUGAUGUCGAAAAUCUUACAAAACAUCGCCAAUCACAUUGAGUUCUCUAAGGAACAGCAUAUGGUGUCAUUCAAUGAUUUUCUACGCGCACGUUUUGAACAGGGUCGUCACUUUUUCGUACAAAUCGCCUCGGAUUGCGAGACGGUGGAUCAGGCUUCGCACAGCAUGAGCUUCAUCUCAGAUGCCAAUGUUUUGGCAUUGCAUCGUUUGCUGUGGACGCAUCAGGAGCGCAUUGGAGAUUAUCUCUCUAGCAGUCGUGAUCACAAAGCUGUUGGCAGACGUCCUUUCGACAAAAUGGCCACAUUGCUGGCUUAUUUGGGGCCGCCAGAACAUAAACCAGUGGACUCACAUUCGAUGCACUGCAGCAUGAUGUUCUCAUCGUAUGCGCGUUGGAGCUCUAUUGACAUGUCAUCGAAUAACUUCGAAGAUGUUAUGGUGAAACAUCAAAUGCACGAAAAGGAGGAAUUCAAAAGCAUAAAAUCCAUGAAUAUCUUCUAUCAAGCCGGCACAAGUAAAGCGGGACUACCCGUGUUCUACUACAUUGCCAGGCGUUACAAAAUCGGCGAAACGAAUGGCGACUUACUGCUCUAUCAUGUAAUACUCACGCUCAAAGCAUUAUGCCACUCACCUUUCGAAUUGCUCAUAGACUUCACGCACACUUGCUCGGACAAUCGCUUUCGCACCGAGUUCUUGCAGAAAUGGUUUUGUGUGCUGCCAACCGUUACCUAUGACAAUUUAUGCACCAUUUACAUUUACAACUGUAAUUCAUGGGUGCGUGAAUAUACAAAAUUCCAUGAACGCGUACUAGCGCCGAUAAAGAGUGAUCGCAAGCUAGUGUUCAUCGAUUCGUCCAAUAAACUCAAUGAAUACAUCGACACUGAACAACAGAAACUGCCAGGCGCCACAUUAUCGCUAGACGAAGAUCUCAAGGUAUUCAAUAAUGCGCUCAAGCUUAGCCAUAAAGAUACCAAAGUUGCUAUAAAAGUCGGACCCACUGCAUUGCAAGUGACAGCCGUGGAGAAAACCAAAGUGCUGGGCCAUUCAGUGCUGCUCAACGAUGUCUAUUAUGCCUCCGAGAUUGAGGAAGUUUGUCUGGUGGAUGAUAAUCAAUUUACGCUCUCCAUAACGAAUGAAAGCGGUCAGCUUAGCUUUAUACACAACGAUUGUGAUACCAUUGUACAGGCCAUCAUACAUAUACGCAAUCGUUGGGAGUUAAGUCAACCGGAAUCGGUGACGGUGCACCAGAAAAUACGUCCCAAAGAUGUGCCCGGUACACUUUUAAAUAUGGCAUUACUUAAUCUAGGCACCUCAGAUCCCACCUUGCGUUUAGCUGCCUAUAAUUUACUCUGCUCGCUCACAUGCUCCUUUGAUUUGAAAAUCGAAGGUCAACUUUUGGAGGCGCACGGUUUGUGUAUACCAUCAAACAACACAAUUUUCAUUAAAUCCAUCAGCGAGAAAUUAGCCACCAAUGAACCACAUUUGACGCUCGAAUUUCUAGAGGAAUGCAUACAGGGUUUCCAGCGCAGCACAAUUGAAUUGAAGCAUUUAUGCUUGGAAUAUAUGACACCGUGGCUGAAUAACCUUUUGAAAUUUUGCAAAUCGAACGAUGAUGCCAAAAAGUUAAAGGUCGCACAGAUUUUAGAUAAAUUGAUUUGUCUUACAAUCGAACAGAAGGAGAUGUAUCCAUCGGUGCAGGCGAAAAUUUGGGGCUCCAUUGGUCGCAUACCCGAUCUUAUCGAUAUGGUGUUGGAUAAUUUCCUACACAAAUCGAUUACUUACGGUUUGGGUUCGCCGCACGUGGAGAUUAUGGCCGACACGGCUGUGGCGCUAGCUUCGGCCAAUGUGCUGUUGGUGUCGAAGAAGAUAAUAACGCGCAUGUGCCGCGUCUUGGAUAAGACCUGCACCAAUCCAACACAGUUUCUGGAGCAGCAUAUGAUGUGGGAUGAUAUUGCAAUACUGACGCGUUUUCUGCUCAUGUUGUCCUUCAAUAACUGCCUCGAUGUCGUAACACAUUUGCCAUAUCUAUUUCAUAUUAUCACGUUUUUGAUCUGCUCCGGUUCGGUGACAAUGCGCGCCUCCAUACACGGUCUCGUCGUCAACAUCAUACACUCGCUGACUACUUGCACUAAACCGACUUUCUCAGACAAUGCAAAGCGUGUGCUCCGGCUGGCACUUGAAGAGUUCUCACUAUACAAAUUCUACGCGCUCUUCGGUAUCAGCAAAGUCAAGUCGGCCGCUGUAACAGCCUUCCGCUCCAGCUAUCGUCAUCCAUCCGACAGAUGGUUGGGCAAUGAACGCGUCUGUCAAAUGUUACCAGCCGAUGUGGAGCGCAUCACAUUGCCCUCAUUGGAAGAGGUGGUCGAUUCGCUGUCGGAGAUCAUGUCGGUUUGCAUGCCCGAUGUGCCGGAUUGCCAAUGGUUGGAGACAUGGACGACGUUGUCGCGCAGUUUCGCCUUCUGUUACAACCCUGCGUUGGAACCGCGUGCGCUCAUAGUUUACGGUUGCAUUAGUAAAAGCAUAACCGAUCAGGAAGUGAAACAACUCUUGCGCAUUUUAGUAAAAGCACUGGAAUCAUUCAACGACAUCACAUUAAUCGAGGCGAUCGUAUUGUGUCUGACGCGCAUACAACCCCUACUGAGACCUGAAUCGCCGAUACAUCGCGCCCUAUUCUGGGUUGCUAUCUCUGUGCUGCAGCUGGACGAAGUAUCGUUGUAUGACGCCGGUUUGGCGUUUCUCGAACAAAAUCUGCAUACGCUGGAACGUCAGGGUUGCUUCGAUCACGAGAGCAUAGCCGACGUCAUGAUGCGUACACGCGAAAAACUUGAGUGGCACUUCAAGCAACUCGAUCAUGCAGUUGGCUUAUCGUUUCGCAGCAAUUUCCACUUUGCACUCGUCGGUCACUUACUAAAAGGCUUUCGUCAUCCCACACCUUCAACGGUGUUUCGCACAUCCCGCAUACUCGGCACGCUGCUGAGUCUCGUCGCCAAACCUUUUCAUCGCGACAAAUUCGAAGUGACACCUGACAGCGUUGCCUAUUUGACGGCUUUGGUAGCCGUUUCCGAGGAAGUGCGCUCACGCUGCCACGUCAAGCAUGCCAUACCGCGUUGGACCACCGACUUGAGCAUUAUGGAAAAUGGCGAAACGAUCUUCUAUGGCAAUCAAAAUGCGCUCGGCAUGUCGCUACCACGUCGGCAAAAGUCCUGGGAUAUGCUUGAUCAGUCCGCUUUACAGUUUGCGCGUCAUCACAAAGGACCCGCACAUCAGAUGAAUGCCAAAGUUUUGUUUAAAACACAGCGCUCUUUUUCGGUGCCAACAACAAAAGAACCGAAUAAUACGAGCACUAUCGAAGAACGCCAGGAACGUGGCUCGCGUUCGUCUGUCUCCAAUGAGUCCAAUGUGCUAUUGGAUCCCGAAGUGCUCUCCGAUUUGUCCACGCAAGCGCUAGUAUUAACGGUUUUGGCCACAUUAGUGAAAUAUUCGACAGACGAGAAUGAGACGCGCGUGCUCUAUCAGUACCUGGCCGAGGGUUCGGUCGUAUUUCCCAAAGUGUUUCCAGUUAUACACUCGCUGCUGGACCAGAAGAUUAACAACAUACUCUCAGUCUCACACGACCAAGUCGUGCUGAAUUCAGUGCAAAGCAUCAUACAAAAUAUGCUCGCCAGCGAGGAUCCUUCACAACAACAACUGCAUUUCCUGCAAAGUUGCGGCUUUGGUGGUCUCUGGCGGUUCGCUGGUCCUUUUACAAAGUACACCAUGAUGGGCGAAUCUUCGGAAUUAUUUGUGAACUGUUUGGAGGCCAUGGUUGAGACAUGCCUGCCAGGUGAUGAGACUGUGCCGGUGCCGCCAUCACCACGUCCAUACAAUUUGAGUUCGAGCCUCAGCAGUCUUACUUUAGGUUCACCAACUGAUAAAGCUGCAUGAAUAACAACCAGCCAACGCGGCCGACAUCCGACAUUAUUCGCGCGAGUCUUUCGUUUUCUAAAUUUCUUCAAAAAAUGUUUUUAAAACCUGAACCUGAAAACUAAAGGGAUGAACCUAAGCAGCCAAAACAAAUGUAAGAAAAGGGGCGUACAAAGUAAGUCCAGAUUUUAAUUUGAUAAACAAGUGAGAGAACGGAGAAAGAGCACAUAGAAGACAUAAAUGAAGAAUUCUACAAAACUUAUGUGCAGCAGGGAUUGAGACAAGUAUGAGUGUAUCAAGGACAAGGACCUACAGUGGCAUUUACAUCAUAUAUAUAUAUAUAUAUAUGUAUGUGCGUAUCUGUGUUGGAAGUUUGAUUUUCGCUUAAAUGUAGGGUUAGAGUAGAUGGAUUUUGACCGGCAAACGAAGUAAUUGAACAACUUAACCACCAGCAUCGAAUUUAGCUGUAAUAAAACAACAAAAGUAAAAGCAAAAACAAACUAAAAGUAAAAAACCAAAAACAAACAGAAAUAAUAAUAACAAUACAAGUGCAUAUGCAUAACACUUACCAGCAAAUGUGUGUGUGUCUGUGUGUGAGAAGAAUAACUAACCAAAAAUAAUUAAAAAAAAAAAGAAAGAAGAGCAUAUUUUAAUAUGUGUGCCUGUGUGUGUAGUAAGUGCGCUUGUAUGUGUGCGUCGUCAUGUGUCAUGCUUUGAAUGUAUCAAACGCUAUGUUUUUGUUUUUGUUAUACAUUUAACUUGUAAGCUUUUAAAGUUACUAAUUGAAAUUACUUAAGUGUAAAAAAUCAUCCAUGUGGUCUUACUAAUGCACACUAACCUAACACAUAAGCACAACUAGAUGUCAUCAAUUCAUCGGGUUUUAUAGGAAAUUAGAAAAAAAUGUAAACAAAAAAUUCAAAAAAAAAAUCCAACUGGAAGUGUAUUGUAAAUUUGAAAGCAUGUUUGUAAAAUUUCUGAGUUUAGAGGUGACAGUUAAAGUACGAGCAGAGCUAAAAAGCGAGAACCGCGAGAGAUUUUAGUUUUUUGCAGAGUACCGGUUCCACCUAAAAACUCGGGGCUCGAGUAAAAUAGACCCCACCCCCACCUGCUCUCCUUUGCUAGAUACUAGUACUGUUUGGCAAGUCCACAAGUUAAUAUUGUCGGAAGAUUUCCGGCUAAAAGUUCCGGUCCUCAGUCUGGUAGCGUUUUAAAGGGUGAUGCAUUUCAAGGUUUCCUACUUUUAAUUACUAUUAUUCGAAAGAACAUUCUUUGGCUUUUAUUUUUCGAAAAUUUUUGAUACGACCGGCGCCUCCCGACUCUCCACGAGGUUCGUUUACCUUUUAGCUGCGGCUAUAUUAGGUUGUCAAAUAUCUCCCUUCCGCCUUUUUGUCUUUUGAAUUUCGCAGCUGUGUAUAAAGCGCUGCAGAGCUCGUAUCUGGCAAUACUAUACGUCUUGACAUAACCUACAAAACGACGCUAUGCAUAAUUAGUUUGGAUAUUGCUUUCAACAGUUAUAGACGUGUAAAAAUGGAGUUCACUAACGCCUAGAGAGUUCUGUGAGAUUAAUGGUGUUUUGGGUGAUAGUACUCUAUAACUUCGAACUGCGGAGGAAUGGUUUCGAGGAUUCAGAGCGGGUGAAAACGACACCAUUGAUAAGCCAGCCGGCGGAAUACCUGUGACGACGAGUACCGAUCAAAUCAUGGAAAACAUCGAGUUAGACCGGCAUGUGGCAUCUCGUGACAACGCCCAGAAGAUGGGAGUUAGUCACCAAACCAUUUUAAACCAUCUGCAGAAGGCUGGAUACACAAAAAAGCAUGAUUUGACGCAAAAAAACAUUCUGGGCCGAAUCAACGCCUACGAUAUGCUGCUGAAACGAAACGAACUCGACCCAUUUUUGAAGCGGAUGGUGACUGGCGACGAAAAAUGGAUCGCAUACGACAAUAUCAAGCAAAAACGGUCGUGGCCGAAAACCGGUGAAUCGUCUCAAACAGUGGCCAAGCCGGGAUUGACGGCCAGAAAGGUUUUUCUGUGUGUUUGGUGGCAUUGGAAGGGAAUCAUCCACUAUAAGCUGCUCCCAUACGGGCAGACGCUUAAUUCUACCAUCUACUGCGACCAACUAGACCGCUUGAAGCAGGCGAACAACCAGAAGCGUCCAGAAUUGCCCAACAGGAAGGGUGUAGUGUUCCACUAGGCCAACGCAAGACCUCACACUUCGUUGAUGACUCGUUAAAAGCUACGGGAGCUCGUAUGGGAGGUUUUAUCGCAUCCACCAUAUAGCCCGGAUAUAGCGCCAAGUGAUUACCACCUGUUUCUGUCCAUGGCGAACGCCCUUGUUCGUGUAAGAAUGAACUUAAAAGAGGCUUGUGAAAAGUGGCUGUCCCAGUUCUUCACAAAUAAGGAGCUGGGUUUCUACGAGGGGGUAUUCUGAAGUAUCCGUUUAGAUGGAAACAGAUUAACGAACGAAACGGCGCAUGUUUGAACUAAAUCCGAUCAAUGUAACACUUUUUAUAAAGUAUUGAAUAAAGAGCAAAAAAGCGGAAGGUGAUAUUUGACAACCUAAUAUUUUCUUCACUGCGUGCUGGACGUGGUCUAUUUGGUCGAAUAUUAUCCUGUUGAAAAAAGUACCCGUACUUGGAUCAACCGUUAAUAGCGAUAAUGAUUCAGUCCCAAAAAUUGUUCAAACAAAAAAAGCUAUAAUGCGUGCUUUCAUUGGCAUUCGUUUUAACUUCUGAAACUUUUUACCAUCCCAAUUUCAUGCUUGCUGGCAGCUCUGUACUAAUCUCUAGCCAACAGUGUUUCUUUAUAAUUGUUUUUCUCAACUAUCGCACUGACUACGCAUGUUGUUGUUGUAGCGCCUUCUUUAACACUUUUUGUCAAAAUAAAUUCUCUGGAAAUGCAGAAGGGUAUCACACUAUUAAGCGUAGAUUUGUGGGCGUUUAAUGUGAUCAAUACCAGCAAAAACCUGCGAAAGGUUCACGCUAGCUCUCGAGUUUACCUGCUGUGGGUAACAAUUUUUACGAAAACAUUGUAGCAGUAACUAUUUAGAAAGGAUGAGGUUCAAUAUGUUACUGAACGGCAUACUCCAGCACAUCAGCAUACUUCUGCUCUCCUCGGGGCAAUCUUUAUAACUUCUAGUAGCUUUCAUAAGUUGUGAAAACAGUCUAUGGGUUCGCAAGAAUCAUUUUGGAAUAUAAUAAAAAUAGCUAAUCUAUAUCUAGAGGUUUAUCGAUAAACAAUAUCAAUAAUAAUCUGCCCACCAAUUCAGGCUUUGGCCGUAGGUAGCUGCAACUUCCAGUUGGAAACUCAAAUUCAUUAAUAUAUCUGCAUUCAUUUUCUUUGGCUGCAUGUGCUUACACAAUGUAACAAAUCUAAAAAAAAUAUUAGCACAAUUUGCAUUAAAAAAAUUUUAACUCGCGUCACAAAUUUUACUAAGUCGUUAAGUUCCUGCACCAUAUCUACUUACACAUACUCGUAUUACUUGUACCUAUUUAUAAUGUUUAGUACUAAAACUGAACAGCUUCUCUAGCUAAAAACUAUACUAAUUAUGAUUAUAAUUCUUCUGCGAUAAUUUUUUUACGAAUCGUACAAUUUAAUUGUCUACGAUGUUAUAUGUUUUAUUUAUUAAAAUUUUUAUAUGCUUUAUUUUUUGUUGUAAUUUCUACCAAAAUUUACGGGGUUGUAAUCUAGCAUCACAAAAGAAUGUUUGUUUUGAAACUUUCUCCAAGAAAUAUUGUUGAAAGUAAUUGGAAAAUAAGAAGGUUUAAGUCAUUCACAAAUAUACUUAUAUAAUAUACAUACACAUAUACAUAUACAUAUAAUAUAUACAUAUGAUAUAUGCUUUCGGGAAAAUGUGAAGAUAACUCUUCUUUACUGCAUGGCAUUUUCAGUACCAAUUGGCAGUGUGGAAUGGACGUACUAACUACCUUGGUAGGGUUCCAGGCCCAUCUAAAACCUCUGACGUACUUUGGGUCCGGCACCGGGUUGCAAUGCAACUUCACAUUCAACUGACAAAGUGUCAGUUCUUUCCGCAUUCGGGUUUUAACCACAACCACCACGAUACUCCAAAGGCUCCUACUCCCCGUGGUGGUACCAGAAUUAAGUCUCCGGUUAGACCUCGGAGCCGAAACUACUAGCAGUUCAGCUUCUAUACUGCUCUGGGCUGGUGGCCAGGGAUUUGAUCCCAUACGCACAUAACAGACAUACACCAUUCACAUAAGAAGCUAACCCUAAUUCUCUGUUAAAAGCCUUUGGCGUUUAAACAACUCACGCGCAAACGACCCUAACCAUUAGGCAUUGCGACUAGUGGAGAUCACACCGCUAACAUCUUUACGUCCAGCUAAUAAUCCCCAUACCACCCAAAUCCUUAAUGUCCGUGUACAUCAGGCAUUCUGCACUUACAUGCACCCAAUCCUCUACCACCUACCUACCAAUACUUCGGAGCAAUGACACACUCAAGCUCCUGCUUAACCUGAAUGCAACAGCCCGCUGUAUGACAAUCAGGUUAAGAGAGAUUUAACCUAACAGAACCUGCAUAGCAUCCGAUGAAACGGUAUGACAUACAGGGAAACAGGCAAGCAUCGUACAACGCUAUAUUGAGAGGAGUUUUGUGGACAAGACUGUCGUGGCUGCUUUCCACCAUACAGCGGCUCUAUAAGUGUCACAGCCCACAAACAAGCUCGGUAUAUGGUGCGCACUGCAUACGUCGUAUUUUGCAUGCAGUUGCCUGCCGUCGCUCCUUCACAUUCACCAAGUGUGCGAGGUGGGUCCCAAACCCAGCCCACAACCCUGGUAAGAAGUUAUUCGCCUUUGCACUCUAGCUCGCCUUCAAACGAAUGUUUUCUGGCUACCCAGAGAAUACUUGGUCUAAGACCAGAAGUUGGGAAUUGUUUGAGCCAUAUGUAAAAGAAUCGUUUCUAUCCACUCCCAAGAGCUUGGCAUGGCGCUCAGAGAACUUUCCUCAUUUGCGUUAUUUUCUACUCAAGACUCCAUUCUCCUAGCCCUUCCUUACUUGUUUAAAUAAAAGAAAGGAUGGGAGUGUGUGGUGCUAGAUUCAGCAGCCCCGAACAACCAAAGUUUAUGGACUAUUUUAUUGAUGCAUUUCAUAUUUAUUAUUAUUAUUUUUUAUUUAUUAUUAUUAUUUUUUAUUUAUUAUUAUUAUUUUUGCUCGACACUCAUUGCGGCCUGGAUUUAAAAUUUUAGUCAAACUAAUUUAGUAUUUAACAGCUAUUUAUUUGAACAAUAUUAUUUAUGCAUUUAUUUUGAAGUAAUAUUUAUAUACAUACAUAUAUACAUAAUAUUUUUGAUUUUUUUUGUAAAUUUAAUGCAUGUCUUCCUCUCUGUUUGUUGUGUAUAAAUUAUUAUAAUAUUAAGAAAAUAUAAGUUGAAUUUGUUAAAAUUUUUAAAAUGUUAACGCUGUACUUAAAACAAAAUAUAUUUGAAAAUAAUUAAAAAACAGCGUUUUUUAAACACUUACGUAAGUGAAAACACUACGCGAAAUCUAAUUAGGCAAUCGUUUGCUCUUACUUACAUAUUUUUUGCGUUUUUUUUAUAACAGCAUAUAGGCAAAAUGACAAAGUUAGAGAAGUGUAGCACUAAGCGUAAAAUGGAAUUAAAGAAAUUCACAAAAACUCUUUAAGUGAAAACACCAAAAACACCAAAUUCAAUUGUAAUAAUUACAAGCGACUAAAUUAUAUGAAUUAUUAUUGUGAAAUAUUAAUUAAAACAAAAACAAUGAAACAUUUUGUCCACUUUUACAUAAAACUAGCAUAAGUCAAAAA